AUCCUGAAAAAGUUUGACCUAAUUUUAAAAACCUAAACCAUUUUUAAAAACUGAACCGGUCCGUAACAGACCAAAAACAAAAUUCGGUCGAACCGUAUCAAAGAACAUCCACUGAAAGCUUCUACUAAACCCCGUCAUCGAAAACACCUGAAUCUGAAGCCUACAACGGUGCCAAAUUCUCAAGUUCGUUUCUUUUUUACAUUUUCCGAUUCAGCAAUGCAAAGUGUAUCCUCAAUCUCAAGAAUUUGGAGAAGCAUAGCCUCUAAUGCCAGAAACUUGUUUCUCUUCAAAGACCCUUUUGUGCGCUCUUUCUCUACGGUUCCCAUCGGAGUAACUUCCCGGAAAUUGCAUCGAUCAGAUAUUCCCUAUCAUUUCCUGAAAUGGGGUUCGCUUGGAUUCUGCAGAACGUCAAGGUUCGCAACUGGGUUCAGCCCUUUGGAACAUAAACCGUUGGAUUCUAUUGUAGAUAUUGAGAGACUCAAGAAUCGAUAUCCUGAUGAUAUUGCUUCAAUUUGGGAUGAUUAUCACAUAGGUAGAGGUCAUAUUGGAGCGACUAUGACAGCAAAACUUUAUCACUUGCUAGAGCAUAGAGCUAAGGAAUGCCGAUAUUUUGUCAUUCCUUUGUGGAGGGGAAGUGGUUAUACAACAAUGUUCGUUCAAGUCCAAACACCACACAUACUUUUUACAGGUCUUGAAGAUUACAAAGCUAGGGGAACACAAGCAUCUCCAUACUUUACUGUUUCCUUCUACACAGAAUUUGCAGAGAGCAAGGACUUAGUACUGAUCCGUGGGGAUAUUGUAUUCACCAGCAAGCUGACUGACUCAGAAGCAAAAUGGCUUUUGGAAACAGCUCAGUCUUUUUAUUUGAAUGAUGUGAGGUACAAACUAGUUGAAAGGUUCAACAAAGAAACACGUGAUUUUGAGUUCAAGGAUGUCUUGCAAGCAUUGGACAUGCCUAUUUUGUAACCAUUUUCAAUUAUACACAUUUGCUAAACUAAGAUUAAUUUAUUUUAUAACCAUUUUGUAAACCUAUUUAACUAUUCAUUAUUUCACUUUUAAUUGUGAACAUAAAUUUUAUAAAAUACUAUUCAAAA